GAUCAUCACCCUCCAUUACCAGGCAGCAAUUUCCAACACGGUUGCAAUCCCCAUUUUUUCUUUCUGUAUCUUUAUCUGUACCUUAUCCUCAUUCCACGUUCUUGCAUAGCGGCUCCGAGAAACAUGGAUCCCAGGUAUUCCUACACUCCAAUCGAGGACCAGGUCGCUCGCUUGCGAAACGCUUCAGCGGGUCCAAGCCAUGGGCAAUCCUUGACACCCGUUCCUGAAGAGAUGACUGACGAAGAGGAAAGCGUCGCAUACUCAGAGGAUCAUACACACCACUAUGCUGGAGGAAGUCAUCGCUCGAGUAUGCACCAGCAACAAGCGCCUAUCUACCAACCUCUGCCUGCAAUAGAUUCAGGUGAACCGCUGCAAUGGGACUCUUUCAAUCCACCUCAAACAGAAGACCCUUUUAGAGAUUCGUAUGCUCUAGCCCAACAACAGUAUACCGGUGACGACCACUACGCUUAUGACGAUGAAGACUACACAUCAGAUGAAUAUGCCUCUCCUGAAAGACCAGGGAUACGUCAAUUACAAUCAAGGCCUGUUUCCGCUUACUCUGUGGAUCCCUCCUCUGCACAUUCAAGCUACACUGGACACACAAAUCCCGCCUCUCUCCCUCAUAGUUAUACAGGAUAUACUGCGACAUCUUCCGUGCCAGCACAAUCUACCGGAUAUAGCUACUACACGUACCAAACCGAAAUGCAGACUGGAACGACGGACUAUCAUACUAUUGACCACUUUAGACACGAUACUGAGGCAUACGCCUCGGGUGCGUACUCACGCGGGUCCUCAAACCCCCCACGAUCACGAUCACCUACUCCCGCUGUUGACGAGGAGGACUACCAUAUUGUAGGAAAUGAUAGUGUCCAUUAUACUGGGAACUCACCCCUGCGUCAUUCUUACCAUGGUGACGCAGAAAAAGCAGCAGUGCAGGAUGAUAUCGGGACCGAGGGGGCUUAUGAGCUUUUCCGCCAAACCGGUCUCAGCUGGAAUCCUUCCAAAGAUCCAGAGAAAACCUCGCUAUCAACUGCGGGUUCACAUUCACACCUCGAACCGGGUACACCAGUGACGACAAGGCACUUCGGUCCUGCACCAGCUGGUCGCAUACAUCGCCGACACAAACUCAAGAAACGCGUACAACUUACAAAUGGUAACCUGGUAGUCGAUCUUGAUGUACCGCCUAAAAUGGUACUGCCUCGACGAGGGGACCCGGAAAUGAUGAAGACCAGGUACACAGCUGUGACCUGUGACCCGGACGAGUUUGAGAAGAAAGGGUUCUUCUUGAGACAGAAUGAGUGGGGCCGUUCGACAGAGUUGUUCAUUGUCAUUACGAUGUAUAACGAAGACGAAGUAUUAUUUUGCCGUACACUCUAUGGCGUAAUGCGUAACAUCUCGCAUCUAUGCUCUCGUAAAGGUUCGAGAACAUGGGGUCAGGAUGCAUGGAAAAAGGUUGUUGUAUGCAUCGUAGCAGAUGGGCGCAAGAAGGUCCAUCCCCGUGUGCUCGAUUGCCUGACCCUCCUCGGUGUCUACCAACCGGGAGACCAUAUGAAGAACAUGGUUAACAACAAACCUGUCACCGCCCAUCUAUUCGAAUACACAGCAUCUUUUGGUUUGGAUCCAAACAUACGAUUUGUUUACCCUGAUAAGGGGAUUGUCCCCUGCCAAAUCUUGCUAUGCAUCAAGGAAAAGAAUCAGAAGAAGAUUAAUAGUCAUCGGUGGUUCUUUAAUGCAUUUGGUCCACUUCUGCAACCAAAUGUAUGCGUGCUCUUGGAUGUCGGGACGAUGCCCCAGAAGAAGAGUAUUUAUCAUCUUUGGAAAGCGUUUGACGUUAACUCAAACGUAGCUGGCGCAUGUGGAGAAAUCGCUGCGUAUAAAGGAAAGAAUUGGCGCUCCCUGUUGAAUCCUCUAGUCGCUGCUCAAAACUUUGAGUAUAAAAUAACAAAUAUCUUGGACAAACCUACCGAGUCUCUCUUCGGCUAUAUUAGCGUCUUGCCUGGUGCUUUCUCAGCAUAUCGGUAUAUCGCACUUCAAAACGACAAGAUGGGUGUCGGUCCUCUAGCGUCUUACUUCAAGGGGGAAGUCCUGCAUGGUCGAGACACUGACAUUUUCACAUCGAAUAUGUAUCUGGCCGAGGACCGUAUAUUAUGCUUCGAACUAGUUGCAAAGGCCAACUCUAAUUGGGUCCUGAAAUACGUCAAGAGCGCUACUGGAGAGACUGACGUACCAGACGCCUUGCCAGAAUUCAUUAGCCAACGUCGUCGAUGGCUGAACGGAUCCUUCUUCGCCGCAACUUACGCUAUUGCUCAUGCAGGACAGAUUCUGCGUUCCGGACAUAGCUUUGGACGUAAGUGCGCAUUGAUGGCUGAGACUCUGUACAACGUCAUCAAUUUGAUUGCUUCCUGGUUCGCAAUUGGCAAUUUCUACCUCCUAUUCGUCAUCUUGACCUCUUCAUUAGAGAACCCGGCCAUUGGUGCGCCGGCCGUGCGUUACCUGAAUGCGGUGAUCCAGUAUGCUAUGGCAGGGAUCGUUGUAGCAUGUCUUCUAUUUUCAAUGGGUCAUAAACCACAUGCAGCACGACUGAAGUACAAAUUGCUCGCGAUCUUUCUGGCCAUCUUGAUGUGCUAUAUGAUCUUUUGCGCGGUCAUCUGUGCUAUUCAGGCAGGUAAUCAGGGAGGUAAUGUCUACCGGAUCAUGAUCUUCAGUUUAAUCUGCACAUAUGGAGUCUAUCUUUGCUCCAGUUUCCUCGCUUUCGAUCCUUGGCACAUGUUCACUAGUUUCAUGCCCUAUCUGCUCUUCUCUCCGACCUACAUCAAUAUUCUGAAUAUUUAUGCCUUCGCGAACCUGGACGAUAUAUCGUGGGGUACAAAACAAGAUAGCGAAGUCGAAAUAGAUCUCGGAGCUGUAGUGCAGAAUAGCAAUUCUCAAGUUGACGUCGAAGUUCUUGCAGACAUAGCGGAUGUCAACGGAAUGUACGAAGAAUCGCUUCUCAAUCUCAAGGAUCGAAAGCCCGUGAUCAGGUCCAGCAACCAUCAAAGUGCUGCAGAGAAAGAACAGGCCGCUCGGAAUUAUUAUGCCGGUGUUCGCACUAAUGUGUUGCUUGCAUGGGUUUUAUCGAAUGGCGUACUAUUAGCCGCUAUUCUUGGUGGCGGAGACUCUUCCCUGACAUUCGCUCCGAACGACACCUUUAGUCGGACGAAGGCUUAUAUGACCUUCAUUCUUGCCUUUGUGGCGAUUACAAGUAUUGUUCGAUUCUCCGGCUCUACUAUGUACCUCAUCAUACGCGUAUUUACUGGAUGAACACUUUUCCUUAACGCUAUGCCGAUGGACUUUAUGUAUUCAUGUAUCUUUAUGUUAGAACGGAUUAGAGGACCACCGAUUCUCGAACAUGGUAGAUUCUCAGACCAUUGCAUUUAUCCUACAUCACAAUUUCCACUCACAAUCUAGAGCUGAUCGACAGGGUUCGCAUGACCCAUGAUCGACCGACUGGGUUUCGGAUAGUCAUGGGAGGAAUGGCGAUAGAUUCUUCUGCAUCACUUAGAUACCCGAUUUAAGAAGGGAAAAAUCAUCACCUUUUCUUAUCCAUUCCUGACGGGACCCUUUACGCCAAGCAGGGCGAUGUAACUUUCUAAUCCCUAUAUCCUGAACGAACUUUGGUUGUUGAAGACCGAUC